AUGCCAAUAAAACAAAAAGUGACGGGCGGAGCGAGCGGAAUUGGUCGAGGGGUGGCCCAGAUGCUGGUGAAGCAUAACAUUAAAGUGUUCAUCGCCGACAGAGACCUAGAAGGCGCUCAAAAACUUGUCAAUGAAUUGAACAAGGAUUCUCAGGUGGCAAAGUGUGCCCAAGUGGAUGUCGCCAACUGGAAUUCCCAAGCAAAGGCUUUUAGUCAAGCUGUGUCAGACUUCGGUCGGAUCGAUUACGUCUACCCCAUUGCAGGCAUUGGUGAACGUGCUUGGAUUCCGAAUGACCCUUCCCUAAGCGGAUUCCAGCAGCCUGACUUGAGCGUCCUGGAUAUUGAUCUGACGGGUGUCCUUUACACCGUCGCGCUAGCUGUGCAGCAAUUCAGGAAGCAACAACCCGGAAAGGAUGGUUUCAGGGGCAAGAUCGGAUGUGUGGCGAGCGUUUGCGGAUUCUACACCUGUCCCACGCUCCCGGUAUAUACAGCAGCGAAGCACGCCGUUGUGGGACUGGUGAGGAGCUACGGAAAGUACUUGCCAGAGGAGAAAAUCACGAUGAAUGCGGCCUGCCCGAACGUGGUUCGAACCAACAUCUCAGCAGCGGCCUUUUACGACCAGAUGGAGAAGGAGGGAUUGUUGGCACCAAUUGAAGGGGUCAUCGGGGUGUUCGAGAAGCUACUCGGGCCAGACCCGACGUCCGGAGUGACGUUCGAGAUAGGACCAAAUUACAAGGACCAAGGGGCAGUACCACGCAAGGGCAUUGAGUAUCUGGACAAGGAAAGCGAGACGUGCUUCGACAUGCUGUACAAGCGGUCUCGCCCGCUGCAUCAGCCUCGUUGA